AUGGUGGGCCCUGGCCGCUGGCUGGGGCUGCUGUGUGGCUGGGCGGCCGCGGCCGCGGCGCUGUGGCCCGGCGGUGCGGCGGAGCGCGGGCAGGAGCCGCCCAGCACGGCGCCGCGGGGGCCCCCGGCGCCGCCGCCGCCGCCGCCCGGCGCCCCCCGGCCCCAGGUGCUGGGCUUCCGCCUGGAGGAGGGCGCCUCGGCCACGGGCGGGCUGGUGCGGGCCCCGCCGGGGGCCACGUUCCGCCUGCGCCUCUACGGCACCGGCCUCAGCAACCGCAGCUGGCCCUGGGCGGCCUUCGUGCCCGCGGAGACGCCCUGCGGGGGCGCCCGGGGCGGCCCUUCCGCCGCGCCCGCGCCCGCCGGGGCCCCCCAGGUGCUGGCCCGCGACGCCCUGCCCGUGGGCGAGCACGCGGCGCUGGUGACGGUGCAGGUGGCCCCCGAGGGCGCCCAGGGCCGCUACCAGCUCUGCAGCCCGGCGGCGGCGGGGCCCGGGCACCCGUGGGCUCCGGCCGCCCCCGGGGACGCCGUCUUGGUGACCGAGGGCGAGGGGGGCGGGGGCGGGGGCGGGAGGGUGGCCGCCGUGGCCUUGCCGCCGCCCUUGGCCCCCUGGCUCCUGGGCACGCUCGUGGCCCUGCUGCUGGCCCUGCUGGCCGUGCUGCGGACGCUGCAGCUCAGCACGCUGUGGCUGGACCCCGUGGAGAUGUACGUGCUGCGGGACUGCGGCUCGGAGGCCGAGCGGGAGGCUUCCAAAGCGCUGGAGCCCGUCCGGCAGCGCGGGACCUUCGUGCUGUGCUCGCUGCUGCUGCUGAGCUCGCUGGCCAACGCCGCUUUGGCCGUGCUUUUCUACCAGGCCGUGGGGCUGCUGGCCCCCGCCGUCCUGGGCGUGGCGGGCUUGGUCUUCCUGCUGGCCGAGGUGCUGCCCUUCGCCGUCAGCUCGCGGUGGGGGCUCUUGCUGGCCCCGCGGGGGCUCUGGCUCACCCAGCUCUUCAUGCUGCUCACUUUCCCCGUCUCGCUGCCGCUCAGCAAAGUGCUGGAACUGGCCUUGCACCAUGACACCAGCACCUGCCUCCUGCGGGAGAAGAUCCUGGACAUGGUGCGCAACAGUGACCCCUACAACGAGUUUGUGCGGGAGGAGUUCAGCAAGGGCGCCCUGCGCAACAAAACCGUCGAGGACGUGCUGACGCCGCUGGACGAGUGUUUCAUGCUCAAUGCCGGCGCCGUGCUGGACUUCAACAACAUGUCCAUGAUCAUGCAGAGCGGCUACACCCGCAUCCCCGUCUAUGAAGACGAGCGCACCAACCUGGUGGACAUGCUUUACGUCAAGGACUUGGCGCUGGUGGAUCCUGACGACUGCACCCCUCUCAGCACCAUCAUCAAGUUCUACAACCAUCCACUCCACUUCGUAUUCAAUGACACCAAGCUGGACGCCGUGUUGGAGGAGUUCAAGCGAGGUAAAUCCCACAUGGCCAUUGUUCAGAAGGUAAACAACGAAGGUGAAGGUGACCCUUUCUACGAAGUCAUGGGCUUGGUGACACUGGAAGAUGUCAUUGAGGAGAUCAUAAAAUCAGAGAUCAUGGAUGAGUCAGAUGACUACAGGGAGAACAAAUUGAAGAAGAAACCAGCCCCGCUUGGGACUCUGAUGGAUCGCAGGAAAGAAGACUUUUCCUUGUUCAAAGUGUCUGACAACGAGUAUAAGGUGAAAAUCUCCCCGCAGCUGCUCUUGGCCACCCAGCGCUUCUUAUCCAGAGAGGUAGAUCUUUUCAGUCCAGCUCGAAUCUCCGAGAAAGUCCUGUUGCACCUGCUGAAACACCCCAGUGUCAACCAGGAGGUAAAGUUUGAUGACACCAACCGCCUUGCUGCUGAGCACUACCUGUACCAGCGCAACCAGCCGGUCAAUUACUUCAUCCUCAUCCUGCAGGGCAGAGUGGAAGUCGAGAUAGGAAAAGAAGGCCUGAAGUUCGAGAACGGGGCCUUCACGUAUUACGGCGUCUCUGCGCUGACAGCUCCUUCUUCGGUUCAUCAGUCCCCAGUGUCCACCCUCCGGAUGAAUCGCCGUGAACAGCAGCUUGACUGCACAGAGACCACCAACUACUCUGCGUACUGUCCUGACUACACCGUCCGGGUGCUCACUGACCUCCAGUUCAUCAAGGUCACCCGGUUGCAGUAUCUCAAUGCCCUCAUGGCCUCCAGGAUACAGAACUCCCCUCAGUCACCCGAUACCGUUGAACUGAAAAUUAUCCCCAGCAGCCAGACAAAACUUCUGAACGACAAAAAUGCUGGAGCAGGGAGAAGCAAACUCAACCUACUGGAAGAGGAGACCCAGAGCACGGGGGUCUGACCUCCAGCAGGCGACUCUGGGCACGGCCCCUCUCCAACCUCUUCUGGCUCCCACCCGUGUACCCAGAUGGACCUUUCGUUCGGCGCCUGCAUCGCAGACAAGACUUCCUGGACUGCAAGGGAACCCCGGCCAUCGUGGGCGGGCGGCCAGGCCGGUUGCUUCUGGUGCUUUGACCCGGCUGCUGCGCGCAGGACGCCCUUUUCGCAGCACCUGACUGUGGAGGGUGGUUGAGCUCGGCAGGGUCCCCAGGACUGUGAGCAGCAAAGAGCAGCUGCACUGCAAAUACAGACUUCGGCUGCUUUCCCAGCGGCCGAGGAGAGCAGGGCCUUGCAGCCGUGGCGUUCCUCUCUGUUCCCUUGACGGUGUUGAUCUCCCACUCUGUGCCACGAGUCCCCCCACCCCUUCUCCUUGUUGCCCCACACGUACGCCCUCCCGCGCGCACACUUCAGCUUGUCAGGCGCUAAGCCGGGUUUGCACUGGCAUCCCCAAGGAUGGGAUCCGCGGGCCCCUCCGCACCUUUUGUGGCGCUGCAGCUGCGAGCGGGGAAGCAGCACGCGCUGACCGCCAGCUGAGCAUCUCUGCCUUUGACCGCCCCACCGCACCGGGGCCAGCUCCAGGGCACUGCUUCCCGGGGGCCUGUGUGGACCGGCUUUCCUGGACUCCUGAAUGCCGGGGCGGCCUUCCAAGCCCUCUGGGCCAGCCACGGGCCCCAGCAUUUGCCGGAGAUCGCCGAGUGCUGGCGCCAGGCCUGGCAACGCCCCAUCCCGUUCUUUCCCCCUGACCCCUGUCCAAAUUGUGCCAAAGCCCACGCUCCCUGGAGCUGCACACACAGCCCUGCCGUCUCUUGGGGGUUACGCUUGCCAGCCUCCCCUUCCCCCUCUCCCCGGAGCACGGCUGCCCAAGGGGGCUGUCGUGGCAACCCAGGGCACGGGCUCUUUCUGCAGAGGAACCCCCUUCCUUUCUAGGGGGGCGCCUGUCUCCCGGCCAGCUCCUGCUUACAUGCUGCUGUUCCUCCUGGCUUGGGGUCUCUCUUCCUUACACUCAACGCAGGCUUGAAAAGCACCGUUUGCAGAGAAGGCGACAGCCAAGGCAAACGGGUUCCAGGUCGUCGCUAUCCUGCCGUGGCCUCAGCAGAAUUCUGGAGUUUAAACCACUCCCCUGACUUCUCCCGUAAGCUAUGUCCGGGGCGGGGGGGGGGGGGCACAGGAUUUGCCCCUGUGAUCUAAGCACUGUGUGCAUUCUAAGCACUAAAAUUCCCCCCCAUCUCGUCCUCUCUGGCCAACGCAUGAAGGCUCUGCAACGUUUCAUGAGUUCGCCCAAGAAGGCCUACUGGAAAACACACACAAAAGUCUCAAAGGACCUUCCCUGUGUUAGUGCUUAGAAGAGCGGGCUGCUGUCUCUUUUCGUCUGGACUGGCCUCCACCUCAGACUCCGGCCCCAGCGGCUCAGAGGAGACUCAGUUGCCCUUACACAAGAGUAGCCCUCCACUCCAGCGUUGGCAGAGAGACUGUCUUUUUUUUGUCUAGUUGCUACUAACAGUAUUCACCCCCCCAAAAAAAGUUCUUAUUUUUUAAAGGAAAUAAAAGAUAGAGGAGCAAGAGAGAAAGGGAGUCCCCGUUUGCCUUUCUCUCUCUUUUCCUCUCCCUUUUCCCAACCAACAGCAGAACUUGGCUAAACACAAUGUAUAAUUUCAGGUAAAUUAUUUGUAACCUGCCUCUUAUGUUGUAGCCUUUCUGCAAGGGCUGUACCCUUCAAAUGGAAUAGUCUAACCCUAUGCAUCUAUUUAUAAGU